AUGUCUGCGAAGAGACGGGGCCAAGAGGUGAAAAUGGACCGGCGGUCAGUGUGGCCCGGUGUGGGUCUGGCCAUCGCGCUGCUGCUAACACUUCAGUCCACCAUGCCUGCCAGUCCUUGGGGGAGGUCAUUGGUUAGCUUGCCGGAAGCUGUCAAGAAGGUGUCUGCCUCGGCAGUGCAUGCUGUGCUGCCUGAAGCGGAGUUGCUUGGGAAGCCUCAUUUGAUCGGGUUCUAUGCUGAGCAGUCGAUGGAGGCGAAGCGGAUGCGAUUCUUGGGUGAUCUGCUCGAGAAGGAGCUACCAGGCACAAAGAUCGUCUGGCUGGAGGCGUGGGAUAACCCACUCAACGAGAGGCUUCGGGCAACAAUCGACUUGAGGAACCAGUGUGGUGGGGUCCCAUAUCUCUUCAACCGCAAGACCGGGAAGGUCUUGUGUGGAGUUGUGGCGUACGACAAGCUGAGAGCAUGGGCCCAGGGAUUGGGCGGCGAUGCGAGGAUCUACCGAGACCUCGGUGAGUGCCUUACACAGGCCGCCACGUUUGACAAGACCUUGGAGUGCUCCGAGAUCUCUGGCAGCCACAUGUUUCACCAGCCGCAUGGAGCGGCCCGAAACACCUCGCAAGACGAGCGGCACAUCGCCAUGGGGGGUGCCUUUCAGACCCUCGUUGUGCCAGCCAUCCUGGAGGCUAUUGUUGGCAUGUUCCUCGUCGUCCAAGCAAAGAAGCUGGAGCUGAGGCAAGACAAGGAGGGAACCGGUGUCACGGUGGUGGGCAUUGCGGGUAUGAUCUUUGCCCAGACCCUCAUUGUCUUCGCGGCGAAUCCGAGGCGCAUUCCCAAGGAGGCCUUGAUCCUGCUGAAGACGGCGCUUUGUGUGUUCUCUCUCUAUGUGAUCGUCACCACAGCGGAGAAGAAGAAGAUGUCGUGGGCAUUCUGGUUUAUGUUCCUUCUGUACGCCAUUUCCGCGGUGCCGGUCUGCAUAACAAUCUACAGUGUCUCACGACAUGGCAAGAGCACUGAUCGAAGCAGGCUGCAGGAGCUUUCCCACAGUGAGCGUGCAGGGAUGCAUGGCCGAUGCGAAAGAGCCGCAGCAUCCACCAAGAUUGAUAUGGACCGCAAUGCUGUGGCAACUGAGGAGGAGGCAUGGCGUCGCUUCGACGAAGCCAUAGCAGCAUUGCGGUGUGCGAGGCAUGCUGACCAGGCCAAAGCGCCUGACGACGAGCUGCUCGCGAAUCUGGAGUCCUUGUCGGCACCCUUCAGGGGCAGCAGCCGAGUGCUCAUCGUGAGCUGUGGUGGUCAAACAAUUUGCGAGUUUGACUUCCACGUGCAGCAGCGCUCUGGCUAG